UCUUGCUAGCAGAAAGUGAAAAAUAAGCAUAUUUUACACCUUUCAUCAUCAUCAUGAAUCAUCAUAAGAGAGAGAGAGAGAAAAAUAAACAAGCAAGAAUCUAACCCCAGAGCUCAUCAUAUUCAACAAUCAACAACACACAGAUACACACAUUCUGAGGUGUAGAAAGUUGCAAAGAAGCUUCUGAGAGAAUAGGAAAGAAGAAUGCUGUUUUUCUACACUAAGAAAGAGGAUGCUGGCUAGGGAGCUAGAGAGAGAAAGCUGCUCACAUUCUUACAAGUGUAUGAUAAGAGAAGAAGGCUUCUCAAGGUUGGAGAAUUAGUUUUAAAGGGUGAAACAGUAAUGCUGAAAACAUGGGAAAGAAGGGGAGUUGGUUUUCGACAAUCAAGCGAGUUUUCGUGCACGAAUCAAAGGACAAGCCUUCAUCCUAUGGAUCAGACAAGAGAAGCAGCAAGGAGAAGAAGGCCGGUAAAGGGAUUCUACAGCACGGUGAAACUAAAUCGUUCCUUCCUCGAUUCAAAGAGCCGAGCAGUAUCGAGAAGAUACUAGGGGAGGCGGAUCAUCUGCUCGUGAGGCCUCCUCCGGCAUCUUCAGCCGAGACGAGGCUCCCACAGGCCUCCCUCUGGAGGCCGGCCUCCCCUAAUGUCGCCUCCCAAAGAGUUUCCUCUGCUAGGUUUACUCCCCCGACCGCCCUUCUCCCCCCGGCUCUGACUCCUCCUGAGGCGAGCCAGAGCCGGUGGGAAGUUAGGUACGUGCAGAGGCCGGAGUUGAGUCUGAGGAACCAACACCGGUCCGCAAUUAUGAUCCAGGCUGCAUUUAGAGGUUACUUGGCAAGGUGUAAUUUCCGAGCACUGAGAGGCCUAGUGAGGCUUCAAGGAGUGGUAAGGAGCACGAAUGCGCAGAGACAGACUAUGAAUGCCAUGAAACAGAUGCAGCUUCUUGUAAGAAUCCAGACACAAAUCCAGUCGAGACGCGUGCAGAUGCUCGAAAACCAGGCAGUCCAGCAUGACAAUAAGGAAAUGGAGAGUAAUAACUUGAGCAAAUGGACCAUGAGCCAAUUGCAUGAAGGCGUUGAUAGCGACGACUGGGAUGAUAGCUUGCUAACAAAAGAGGAAAUAGAAGAAAGACUGAGGAAGAAAUUUGAAGCAGUGAUGAAAAGGGAGAGAGCCAUGGCCUAUGCAUACUCUCACCAGUCGUGGAAGGCUCACCCGAGGUUGUCCCAGGGAGGAGCCCCAGACAUCCGGUCGAACGGGCUCCCCUGGUGGUGGAACUGGCUAGAUCGCCAGCUCCCACCAGCGCCAACCGCGACUAAAGAUGUCGCGGUGACUCCCCCUAGGCCGGUCUCAGAGCACAGGACAAGGCCUAGGGUUAGGAGCAAGCGCGGGAAUUUCGCUGCAGACAGUCAUGAGGUCGUCACUCCACUAUCAACCAAGUCCACAAACCCUACUCGGGCGAAACCCUUCUUUCAAACACCGAUCAAAACUCCACCACCACCAACCUACGGCCACUUCCCGAUAAACAACGACAACGACAACGACAACGACAACGAUAGCCUCUCUGUUCCAAACUACAUGACGCCGACCGCCUCGGCCAAGGCCAAGGUGAGGGCGAGCAGUAAUCCGAAGGAGAGGGUUGUGGAAACCCCGACCAACGAGUCGAAGAGGCGGUUCUCGUUCUCGUUGACCGCGAACAUCGGCUCGUUCAAGUGGAACAGGGGAUCGGCUAAAGACGGUGGCGCGGCCGUGCAAAAGGCGCCGGAGAAACAGAUUUCUUCGCAUUUUAGGGGGGAUUUGAGCGUGGAUUCGACGGUGUCGAUGCCGGCGGCAGUUGGGAGGAGGCCAUUCAAUAGAUUUGUGUGAUGGUUUAUGUAUUUUUCUUUUUUUUUUUGGAUAUGUUUUGUGUAUGUUGUGAGGGUGAUUUGUUUUUUUCAUACUUGUUUGGGUGUGCAUGCAGGUGAGUAUUGUUACUAUACAACCAUGUGAAAUAAUGGGGAUAUUACAAUUGUUAAUUAUCAUUGUUUGUGUUUUUAUAUUCUAUGAUAGGUAAAUAUACCUAUUUAACCU